UCCCACAUCCCGUCUUCAUCUCGGUCCGCUCUGCUACAGAGUGGGUCGUAUUCUCUCUCAGGUUUUUCUCCGUCAAGGCAUCUCGCUCAAGGUAAUCUUGUUCUCUUACAAUGGCAGCGCUUUCUGCGGCAGAACUUCAGAAGAGACAUGAACUCGAGGGAGCUCCGGACCCCUUUCCGUCUCUUCGAGAGGAAUCAUCUCCUGCAAAGCCAAAGCGGAGCAAUGGAACCGCGGCUGGUAUAGAUAACUCUGAGCUGGCCUUCCCUUCCCUUGCACCGUCUGGUCCCGUGCGGCAGGCUGCAUCCUGGGGUGCUUCUCCCGGUGGUCCCCGCAUUGCGCCUGCAGUACAGGCUCAGACGUUGCUUACUGAACGGUUCACAGUCACCGCUGCAAAUGUUGACUUGUCUGGUCGCGAUGGUCGUCCCGCAACUCUUCGUGACGCAGUGAAGCAGAUGUCGGCUAGGCACCCUAAAGUUCGUGCGGAGGCGAGCUCAUCGACUACUGGUAGCGGAGUCCGCGAAACAGAGUUCUUCCUCAAGUCUGAAUCGGCUAAAGAACUCGAGCGCGCAAAGCGAACGCUGGUCUCCAUUGUCAGUCCGCAGGCGUCCAUCAUCCUCAAUGCUCCUGCUUCCACCAUUGCUACGAUUAUCGGACCCAAAGGUGCUUCUCUGAAACAGAUACGAGAUCAAACAAACGUUCGGAUUGAUAUCCCACGUAAAGAUGCGGUCUCUCCCGUCCAGGCUAGUGGUAAUGACGUCGCACAUGCAUCUAAUGAAGACGAGGAGGAAGAGCCAACUGUUCCGAUUACUAUUACUGGACCAAGGCCCAUGGUUGAGGAGGCUCAAAGUAUGCUUAAAGCCAUCAUCGCCUCCAAGACUUCAAAGACGACGCAACGCAUUCGCGACAUUCCGGACCAUAUUCUACCGUUCAUCUUGGCCCGCAGUCCAGAGGAGUACUUGUCUGAUGCUCCAAAAGACGCGACAGUCGAUCUAAAGGGAAAUACAGUUGAACGCGAAAUUUUAGCACUCGGCGAUAGAGAACUAGUAGCUCAAGUCGUCGAGAAAAUUAAGGCCCAGAUUGAUGCUCUCAAGUCGGACCUCUCGAGCUUUGAAUUGAAUAUCCCCAAACGUCAACAUAGGUUGCUCAUUGGCCCUGCUGCAAAGGAAAUUUUACAGAAUAGCAACUGUGUCGUCAUUGUUCCUCGUCCUGAGGAACCAAAUGACAGGAUCACAGUCUGGGGCAAUUCGGAUGAUUUCGCGAAGGCAAUGCAAUUCGUCACUCAGAAGGCCAAGUCUCAGCAUAUUCAGGAGGUCCUCUUACCCGGCCCUCUCGAGUUGUCGAAGCAAAUCGUAACGUAUAUCACGCGGACGCAGUAUCUGAGGAGCUUGACUGACGCAAACCCGGGCGUUUCGGCUUAUCUUCCUCCAGCUGGGGUAUUGAAAAUGGCUAAAACUCUUAAUAUCGAUCUCGUCGGUGAUAAGGCAAAGGUGGAAAAGGCUGCACAGCAACUUUCUGCCUUUAUCGACACCUUGGUGGGAGGUACUAAGGAUGUUCCGGUGGAUUGGCUUCUUCACCGCGUACUUAUCGGGAAGUAUGCUAAGAAGCUCAAACAGUUCCAGGAUAACCACAACGUUAGAGUUUUCUUUCCGGAUGAAUCAAAGGAAGACUCCUUCGUUUUACUUGUGUACGAUCCCAAUUCUCCAUCUGCUUCUCGUGACCGCGAUGAGAAAGCCAAACACCUCGCGGAAGUUGAGAAGGAGCUCCUAAAGCUAUCUCGUGAUGCGGCUGAUGUCAAGAGCGAGCUUAUUCCGGUAGAAGCUCAGUGGCAUCCAUACGUUGCUGGUAAAGACGGAACUACGCUCAACGCUAUUGUCGGUGAGGAUAAGGCUUUGUCCAUCAAAAUUGGCCAGGAAGCUGGAGGCGAUACUUCGGACUUCAUUCUCGUCCGGGGAGCGAGCGCUGACGUGGAUCGUGCUGUCAAGGAAAUCCAAAUCAUCGUUGAGAACGCGAAGAAUGAGUUGAUUGACAACAGCUAUUCUACCGAAUUUGAGAUCAUCCGGGACUUCGUAGGCCGUAUUGUUGGCUCCCAUGGAGCGGCAAUUAACAAGCUCAGGGAGACGCUCGGCGUCAAGAUCGAUUUCUCCGAUGACGCUGACGACAAGGAGAAGGAUACUGGGAAAAAGAAAAAGGCGGCUCAGAAGGCAAAGGUUAAGAUCGUUGGCCGGAAAGAGAAUGUCGAAGAGGCCAAGAGACGUAUUCUUAGUCAAGUCGAGAGGCUGGCUGAUGAAACUUCCGAAACCCUGAAGAUCCCUGCACAGUACCACUCUUCUCUUAUCGGCCAGAGUGGAAAGUAUGUCAUCCGCCUCGAGGAAAAGUAUUCUGUAAAGAUUACAUUCCCUCGUGGGACUGGUGAGAGUGGAGAAGGGAGGACAAGGGAAUUGCUGAAGCCUGAUGAAGUCCUGAUUAAGGGAGGCCGCAAAGGCGUCGCGAGUGCGAAAACGGAGAUUCUUGAAGCUGUCGAAUUCGAGAAGGAGACUAAUAACAUUACCAAAUUUACGGUCCCAACUAAUUCUGUUGCUCGUAUCCUCGGGAAGGGUGGUGCGAAUAUCAACGAAAUAAAGGACAAGACUGGUGCGCAAAUUGAUAUCGACAAGAGUACCGAUGAUCCGCAAAUUACGAACAUCACUUGCCGUGGAACCAAGAAAGCCAUUGCCACCGCAAAGGCUGACAUUCAGGCCAUUGCAGAACAGGUUGGUCAGGAGGUUACCGUCACACUCAAUAUUGAAAGGAGGUUUCACCGCUCGAUGAUUGGUCCUGGCGGUCAAGGACUUCGAACCAUCGUCACUCGUUGCGGAGGACCCAGUGAUCCUAAACAACAAGCUAACCUCAUUCGAUUCCCUCACCAGUCUGAACCAUCCGACGAAAUCCGACUAAGAGGUGACGCGGUAAUCGUUAAGAAGCUUCAGCAGGAGCUCGAAAAGAUUGCCACGUCCCUCCGCGACCGCGUGGUUCUUUACGUUGAUGUCCCCAACUCGCAACACAGGGCGUUGAUUGGGAGAAAUGGUCAACACCUUAACGAUCUGCAAGGCCGUACUGGAGCUCAAGUGCAGUUCCCUGGGUCCCGCUCAUACAAUCAAGUUGGCGAAGCGGAGAAUGCUGCCGACUUCAAAGACGCGGAUCCUCAGAAUCUUGUGAAGGUAUCCGGCACGCGUGCGGCGUGCGAGAAGGCUAUCAAGGAACUUACGGCAAGCAUUAGAACUCCUACGACACCUACGUUCGAAGCAAUCACAGACACCGUUAAUGUCCCUUUGAAGUACCACCACUUCAUUAGCCAGCAGGGACAUCUCUUCCGCACACUUCGCUCUUUCGGAGUGAACGUCGACCAGUCGACCACUCCAACCAAGUCAUUCCUUCCAACUCGCCCACCGAGCGAUCAGGCUACUUCGGCUCGCAUCGAUGAUGCGGAUGAAGAACCUGCUGGCAUCGAAUGGCAAAUCGUGCCAAACUAUGAGGAUGCUGAAGAGGGAGACUCUAUUUGGACGCUCAAGGCCCGCGAUGACUCUGGGCUCGAAAAGGCGAAGAAAUAUAUUGCUGAUGCUAUCAAGCAAGCUGAAGAGUCGUCUUUGGUGGGCUUCCUUACACUCCCAGAUCGGAGUGCAUUCCCUCGCAUUGUUGGUGCCAAGGGCUCUAACGUGUCGCGUCUCCGUACUGAAACUGGCGCUGACAUAACUGUCAGCAGAGAGGAUAAUACAAUUACUAUCAUUGGCUCUGAACCUUCUAUCGAAGCCGCAAAGGAGGCCAUCCUCCACAUUCACGCAAACCGCGGCGGACGUCGUAGUGACUAGAUACUCAAAUUUGUCGUAUUUGCUUUGUUUUACCCACACACAAAAAUGCACACGGGAUGGACGGAUCUGAUUGAUCUAUCUAGUUUACUAUUACCUCAUAACCUUUCGACCAGUUAUUCCUAACAUCAUCCCUGUCGGGUAUCGUGUCAUGCUGCUCUCUCAAAAAGUAUUGUCGCAUAUGAAAUGUAUCGAGUCGGGGGGCAAUACAUAAUCUCC